AUGGCUGCGGAUUUGCAUCUAAAAUCGAGCAAACAAGCGAAGUAUAAUAUAUCGUAUAGGAAAAUUGUGUAUCAUAGGUUCUUCGUUGGUCUACUAUUGUUUAUAGUGCUAUCACUAGUUUUUACAGUAGUGUUCAAUGCUUUUUCUGGAAGUGCGCCACGUUCUGAUUUCUACGAACGAGUGAAUUUGGAAGCAGUGAAUUUACCUGUACAAAAAGUGGAUGGUGACUCUCCGUUUUCGGCGCCUCGCUUUGUGAAUUGCACAUACUGGAAUUGUUUUAAUGUUUACAAAUGUGGUCGAGGAGGUCACGAUAAAAUAUCGAUAUACAUUUAUCCUUUACAAGACUACAGGACAGAAAAUGGGAAAGCAGUGUCUCAUUUUUCUAGAGAGUUUUUUGAGAUUUUAGAAACAAUUAAACAUAGCAAAUAUUAUACACCUAAUCCUGAUGAAGCAUGCCUUCUAGUACCCAGUAUUGACACAUUGAACCAGAAGGCUUUUUCAAGCCAACACAUAUCUCAAGUUCUGGGCUCUUUGAAACACUGGAACAAUGGAGAGAACCACCUUAUUUUUAACAUGGUGGCUGGAUCCGAACCAAAUUACAACACCGUCAUUGAUCUCAACACAAGCAGUGCCAUUAUAGCAGGGGCUGGCUUUGAUACUUGGACAUUUAGAUACGGUUUUGACAUAUCAUUACCUCUUUACAGUCCGUUAGCUUAUGAAAUAGAUAAUACACAGCCUAAACAAAAGGAUUAUUUAAUUAUAUCAUCACAAACAAAUGUUCCAAGUGACUAUUUAGCUGAACUACAAGGUAUUGCUUCGUCAUCCAACGACUUGCUACUCUUAGAUAGGUGUAAAAAUGAUAUCAAUGACUACACCAAAAGGUGCGAGUAUACAACUGGCAAAAUUUUUGAUUACCCAGAGGUUUUGAAAAACGGUCUAUUCUGUUUGGUCGUGCGAAGCGCUAGAUUGAUACAGAGUGUCCUGAUGGAUGUAUUAGCAUCACAAUGCAUUCCGAUUAUAAUAGCUGAUACUAUAGUAAUGCCAUUCAAUUCUCACAUUGACUGGAAUCGAAUAGCAAUUUUUAUACCAGAAGAUAAUAUUAAGAAUUUAUUAAAAAUCGUACAUUCAGUGAGCAAUGAACGCCGCGGCGAGUUAUACUGGCAAUUGAGAUGGGUUUAUGAAAGAUAUUUUGCUAGCAUCGAGAAAAUCACUAUGACGACUUUAGAGAUAUUAAAUGAAAAAGUGUUCCCUUUGUCAGCUAGAAUUUAUGAAGAUUGGAAUAUGCCUGAACACUUGUAUGGACCAGUGAAUCCAUUGUUCCUGCCAGUGACAGCACCGAAGGCGCCAGGCUUCACGGCCGUCAUAUUGACUUACGACCGAGUUGAAAGCCUCUUCACGCUCAUCAGAAAAUUGGUGCGGACGCCGAGUCUAGCCAAGAUAUUGGUUGUAUGGAAUAACCAGAAACUACAGCCACCGCCUGCAUCCGAAUGGCCAGUAAUCAACAAGCCGCUGAAAGUGAUACGAACCAAAGCGAAUAAAUUGUCGAAUAGAUUCUUCCCUUACGACGACAUCGAGACGGAGUGUCAGCUGACCAUAGACGACGAUAUUAUUAUGUUAACGCCCGAUGAACUGGAGUUUGGUUUCGACGUAUGGCGAGAAUUUCCAGAUCGGAUAGUGGGAUUCCCGUCGCGGCUCCACGUGUGGGACAAUGUAACCAGCUCCUGGAAGUACCAUAGCGAGUGGACCAAUCAGAUUUCUAUGGUGCUAACUGGGGCAGCCUUCCACCACAAGAUCUGGUCCUGGUACUACACUUAUAAAAUGCCGGCGGAAAUUCGACGCUGGGUCGACGAUAAUUUCAAUUGCGAGGACAUAGCCAUGAAUUUUCUCGUCGCCAACGUAACUAGGAAAGCGCCGAUUAAGGUGACACCCCGCAAGAAAUUCAAAUGUCCAGAAUGUACAAACACCGAAAUGCUAUCAGCCGACGCUAAGCACAUGUCCCAGCGGUCGGCGUGUAUCGACAAGUUCACCAAGAUAUAUGGCCACAUGGCGUUGAAGUCAGUAGAAUUUAGGGCUGACCCGCUGCAGUAUAGAGAGACUGGAUCUGGUAUACCCCAUCUUUAUCCAGAUAUUGGCGCUCUCUGA